UGUUCGUCGGGCGGGGCCGUUCGGGCCUCCCCGUGCCACAGCGGCGGGUCGUGCCGAGCCGCGCCUCGCCUGAGGGGCCCGCCGAGCCCCGGCGGCGGCGACGGGAGCAGCGGAGGGGGGGACUUCCGUGACUGCGCGCCAUGGCGGCCAACGAGGACCAGGAGAUGGAGCUGGAAGCGCUGCGCUCCAUCUACGAGGGAGAUGUGUGCUUCAGGGAGCUGAGCCCGGUGUCCUUCCAGUACAGGAUAGGUGAAAGUGGAGAUCCCAAAGCAUUUCUAAUAGAAGUUUCUUGGCCAGAAACAUAUCCACAAACAGCACCAGUCAUAUCAAUGGAUGCUUUCUUCAACAACACAAUAUCUUCAGCAAUUAAACAAAGUAUAUUGGAUAAGUUGAUGGUAGAAGUUGAAGCGAAUCUUGGGACUGCUAUGACAUACACACUUUUUGAGUAUGCCAAAGAUAAUAAAGAGGUGUUCAUGGAAAAUCAGCCUGUUAACACUGUGACUUCAGUAAGCAAUAGUAUUGCAAUUGGAACUCCUGAUGUGCCAGCAAGUAAGAAAAAAGACAAAAAGGAGCAUUUAUCCAAAACCCAGAAACGAAAACUAGCCGAUAAAACAGAUAACAAAGGGGAGCUUCCGAGAGGAUGGAACUGGGUGGAUGUAAUCAAGCAUUUAAGCAAAACUGGUUCUAAAGAUGAUGAAUAAAGGACUUUGGUACGAGAAAACUCCACCUUUUAAUACAGUGCAAUUUUGGGUCACCAUCUUUCUCUUUAAUAACUUUUGUAUUUGUUAAAGUAAACAUUUUAUAAAGCUCGAUUUCCUAACUUGCAGACCUAGUCACACAAGUUUAUCUAGGGACUAUGUAGUCUUUGGGACAAAAAAGCAACCAACAAACUUGCCUUAAAUGAAGGUUAGAAUGUGACAAAAGAUGUAGAGAGCCAAUGUGGUGAAGUGAAUAGUGCUAUAUGCAAUGUUUAUUAAUUUGUAUUUUACUCUGUAGUAAAAUCCUGUUAUAGUGAACCUAAUGAUACUGUAAACAUUUUCUGGUGUUCUUACUACAAUUGAAGAAAAAAGCACUAUAACAGUGACUGGUCACUUGACAGCAUAAUUCAUCAAAAUAAAUUAUUCCAUGGAAACAAGACCUUUGUCAUUUGUUUAUCUAAUAUGAACGUGGAUGGAGAACAUUAAAAUUGUUACAUUGCAAUACAAAUUUCACCAGUUACUGGCUGAAAUAGUAAAUACUUAGCAAAAGCAAGGCCAUGUAUCCUGGUCUGGUCAAAAAUGAGUGGUUGUAGCAGGAGUAUGUCUUCUUUAUUCUCUGAGAUAUCCAUCUGUUAGUCUUCCUCCGAUGUGCAUCUUUACAGGAGGUGGAUAUCUGUGGGGAGGGAAGAGUGCUUUCUUGCAUGUGUCUUGGUGAGUGUUGGGAUUUUGUAUCUCUUUCAUUGGAGAAAUGGGCUUGGAGGCCCACACUGAGUGGUGGGACAGUGGCAGUCAGCACUGUGCCAAAUAUGUUGGGGGAACUCUUUCUGUUUUCUUAAUCUGCUCUCUUGGAAAGAGAAGUCAUCUUUACUUAUGAAUGGUUACUGAACACAAGAUGCCUUAAUGUCCUUUAUUAUUUUUGUUUGUUUUGGGUUGAACUUUAAUAAAUGCCUGUUUAUCUGCG